GCAGUUUUGCUGCAGCCCGGAGCAGAGCACAGCUGCCCGGUACGACCAGCGGCAAACAUCACUGACUGCCCGGCUACACCGUGAAAGACCGACUGCAAGCUGCUGUUUCUGAGCGAAAAAAGGGAGGUAGACAAGAAAGUGAGCCGGUGAAUUUGAAUAAGCCAAACCGUAUCUGUUCCCUCUCUAUUUUGGUUCUGACCAAGUGGGUAUUGUUCUACAAAUGGAUAAUGGAGACUGGGGCCAUAGGAUGAGUACUCCUGUUACCUUAAACGUGGGAGGCCACCUGUACACCACCAGUUUAUCCACCCUGCAGCGCUAUCCAGAUUCCAUGCUGGGUGCCAUGUUCCGGGGAGAUUUCCCCACAACUCGCGAUUCCCAAGGGAAUUAUUUCAUCGAUCGCGACGGGACACUUUUCCGCUACAUCUUGAACUUCCUGCGGACGUCCGAGCUUACCCUCCCCUUGGACUUCACGGAGACAGACCUCCUGAGGAAAGAGGCAGACUUCUACCAGAUCGAACCUUUGAUCCAGUGCCUUAAUGACCCCAAGCCGCUGUACCCACCUGACAUCUUCGAGCAGGUCGUGGAGCUCUCCAGCACCCGGAAACUGUCAAAAUAUUCAAACCCAGUUGCCGUGAUCAUCACACAGCUAACCAUAACCACAAAGGUCCACGGCCUGCUGGAGGGUAUUUCUAACAACUUCACCAAGUGGAACAAACACAUGAUGGACACUAGAGACUGCCAGGUGUCGUUCACCUUCGGACCAUGUGACUAUCACCAAGAGGUGUCCCUAAGGGUUCACCUCAUGGACUACAUCAUGAAACAAGGCUUCACCAUCCGCAACACGCGUGUGCAUCACAUGAGUGAGCGUGCAAAUGAGAACACAGUGGAGCAUCACUGGACUUUCUGUAGACCGGCUCACAAAGUCGAAGACUGAGUUACAGCACAGUCGUCGUGGGUGACAUCACUGUUUGUCUUCAUAUUACACAAGUCGUGAUCAAAAGCGAACAAGUCUGACCUCUUUUUCAGGAACAUGUCACUAAUGAUGGUUUAGUUUUCUUAUUUAGAUCAAUGUGGUACAGUGGCACAAGGCUCAAAGUCCAGACAGACUGCAUAAAAACAAUGAAUAUGUGAACUCUUGAAUUAAUUCACCUGUUUGAGUGCAAGAACACUUUCAUAUCUUUGCUAUCACUACAGACAUCUCUACUACAUCUCUCCUUUUAAGGCAGAAAUACCCUAUAGCAAUGAUUUUAUUACAGUUUUAUUUAUGGAGGGACAAAGUUAUACCCCAAUGAUACUAAAAAUGUGGGUACAUGGAAUUUUAUAGGAACAAUUGUGAUUUAAUGUGGUUCAGAUACCUGCAUCUGUUUAUUCCAAAGUCAGUAAUAAAAUGAUUGUAAACAGGUAGCAAUGACUUGAGACGAUGCCUACAUAUGGCAUCAAGUCUGUCUUAAUGCAUUUAUUUACAUUUAGAUCACAACUUGAGGGGGAAAAAGGAGAUUGUAAAAAGUUUGCACCCCUACACAAGCUGUCUCGGUCAUGUUGUGGACUGAGACACUUAACAAAGACCUUCUUUGGAUCCCGAGUUGUCAGGAGGGAACCUUUUUUUAAUAAUAAUAAUAAAUUAUGAUUAUCUUUAGCCCAAUUUAUAGUAGAUCUUAAAACUAGUCUUAGCUCUCGUAUCUCCUUGUAUGGUACUAUCUCUGAAGACCAUAGUCGUCGUUGCAUGUGUCUGAGUGUCUUGUGUUUGUAUAUGUAUCUGUGCGCUUUGCCGUAUUACAUCAUACUGUUAGAGUUUAGAGCUCAUAUCAACAGUGAUGUGUUUGGUCAUUCCAGCCAAAAUAAACCCAUUUGUGCAUUUCUCAGUCA